AUGACAAUGUUGGGUAUGUACGUGCCAGAUAGAUUUUCCCUCAAAUCGUCUAGGGUCCAGGAUGGAAUCGGUCUGUACACAGCGCGGCGAGUGAAAAAGGGAGAAAAGUUUGGUCCGUUUGCUGGGGAGAAGAAGCUGCCGAGUGAACUGGAUGAGAGCUCAGACACAAGGCUGAUGUGGGAGGUCCGCGGCAGCAAAGGAGAUGUUCUGUAUAUUUUGGACGCCAGUAACCCACGUUAUGCCAACUGGCUGAGGUUCGUCCACCAGGCGCCUUCUCAAGAGCAGAAGAACUUGGCUGCUAUUCAGGAUGGAGAGAACAUCUUCUACCUGGCUGUGGACGACAUAGAGACAGACACUGAGCUCCUGAUUGGUUUUCUGGACAGCGACAUGGAAGCAGAGGAAGAAGAAGAGGAGGAAGAGGAUGUUGAAGAUGAAGAUGAGAACAGCAAAGAGCCCAAACAUGUGGUCGAGAUGGAACUGGUCAUAAAGAAGGAGGACCACCCCUGUUUGCUGUGUGAGAGCAGCUUUCCCAGUGAGGACAUUUUGGCUGCGCACCUCCAGAGCCUGCACCAGAGGCCCAGCUCGGAGGAGAAGGAGUUCAAAUGCAGAAACUGUGGCAAGAAAUUCCCCAUCAAACAAGCUCUCCAGCGCCAGUAA